UAAGAUUCUGCCGCGUGGAGAAUCCGGUUCUUGAGCUCCCAACCCCAUCCUUUUCCCCUCAUUUUAUCCUUUCUCCCUCAUUUUAAUCGAAUUUAAUCAAAUGCGACUGCAGCCUCACUCGCUUCAUCUCUCCCUACCCCGCCCAUUCCUAGGGUUUCAAUUCCACCCCCAAAUCCCCAAUUCUCUUCAUUCAAUCUCAUCCCCGAACCCUAGAAUCUCCUGCUGCAACCUCUCAAGAGGGGAAUCGAUCAGGCCGCGGGCGAAGAAGAAGGACAACGUGUGGAGCGUUGACAACGAGCUUGCUGAGAGGGAGAAGGAGAAGGAGAGGAAGAGGUCAUCGUCUUCGUUUGGGAGGAGAAGGAAGAGGGGGAAGAGGGUGAAGGCCGGGGGGAGGAAGGGGAAGAAUGAGCUGGUGCUGGUCUCGGCGGCGAUGCUGAUUGAGAUCGAGACUGUGUUGCAGACUCAGGAACCUGUCAUUAAACCGGCAUGGAGUACCUUUACUAGCAGUUUGAGUGGGAUAUGGAUGGGUGUUGGAGCAGUAUUUUCCCCAUUCACUGCUGAGAUGGAGCCAAUUGGCAUAGGGAGUCGAGAUCAGAAUCUUUAUGACUGCUACACACUUUCCCGUAUUGAAAGGUCACCAGAGGGCUCACAAAUUAGAAGGAAGAUAAAUUGGGUUGCUUUGAACCCUUUUGGGGAAAGGCGGCAAAAUUUUCAAGGUAGUUAUAAAGAUUAUGAUGGGGACAACUCUGAUUAUAAGUUAGGGACAUCUGAUGUGGAAAAUCCGGACCUAGAUUUACCUAGUUUUGAAGAAGAUUCAAUGAGCAUGGAGCCAGGGCUUGUUUUCUUUGAGGAUGGAUCAUACUCACGUGGUCCGAUUGAGAUACCAGUAGGAGAGCAUGAUGAAUCUAAGUACUUUCUUUCCCCCACUUUUAAGUUUGAACAAUGUUUAGUGAAAGGUUGCCACAAGAGACUGCGAAUUAUGCAUACUAUUGAGUUCAGUGAAGGGGGAUCUGAUAUACAAAUUAUACGAGUAGCUGUCUAUGAAGAGCAAUGGAUCAGCCCAGUGAAUCUCCAUAAAGGAAAUGAUGAUCAGGUUGAUCUGAAACCUAUCUCCCAACGAAGGCGUACCCAACCAUCGGAGUUAGUUGGGUCGUGGAAAGUGUUUGAAGUGAGCGCAACACCAAUCUUUAACGAAGAAGCAGAAUUAGUGGAAGAAGGUGCUGGACCGCCUUAUGUAUACUUGUGCACAGAGACACUAAAGAAGAGGAGCCUGCCAGAGAACUCUGCUCACUUUGGGGAAGAGGAGAUGCUCGAUAUGAAUGAUGUAACUGUCCUCUGGCUGCCCGGUGGAGUCACAGCUUAUGUGGAUGUUAGCAAAGACGGAAUCCUGUGUUUAGGGGUGGGAUGGUACUCUGAUGAAGGUGUUAACCUUGUGAUGGAGAGAGACUAUGGGAUGGAUGGAAAGCUCAAGGAGGUGAGAUGGAAAUCAGAGUUGAAGAGGAGGUGGACGGACCCAGUCUCUCCUUGAGAUGUUCGUUGUGUUUUUACGUUUCUACUUUCUUUUUUCUUUAUGUCUUUCAUACUUUGAGAUGGUAGUUCAUGUCUCAUUUCUAGUGUAAAAUAAGGGUAUAAUGAAUAUAUGCGGAGGUGGCUAGCUGAAAUCUUGUGCUUAUCGAUGUUGUUGCCUGAUGUACAUAUGAUUUUGUAUUGAUGCCUGGGGCCUCCUAUUUAAUUCUCUGGAGACCUCUGGAAGCCAUUUAUGAUUGCUCAGGACUUUUUGUUCUAUAGUUUUACGGAUUCUACAACUGGGAACUGUUUCAAGAGUCUUCAAAAGUGACGGAGUUGACUGAUUCACAAGCUCCAGAGUCGCAUUGUUUUACAUGAACUGGAGUCCUGUCAUGAUUGAUAUUCGUGAUGUCCAGAAUUUCUCUCUUGUCCGUUAAACUUCACUUGAUCAGUAUAAUGACUUGGAAACGGUUGGCUUUCAAAGUGAAAACUAGGGUGAUGCUCUCUUGUGCAAACCGCGAGACUAAACAGCUAAAUACCGCCUAAAUGUACCUGCUGGAGGAUCUGGACUGCCAGAGGAUUUCAUCCUUCUAUCUGAUACGUCUGCUAGCAUAUGCACUCGGUAAGUCUUUUGUAUCCUUCGCUUGUAUCUUUUCCUACUGACUAAUAUGCUCUCUUUUUUC